AUGAAAUUCCCACUUGCCGUCAUUGUUGCCGUCGCCAGUGUCUUUUCAUCUGCAUAUGCAACGGCAGUACAAAGGGCACCCGCAGUUGCCGACAAGUGGAUCUCUGUAGAGACUGGAAUCACUAUGCCAGGCGAGAGCAUUCCGGGAAACACCACAUUGGAAAAACGAUACGGUACAGAGGUUUUAACAUGCUACAACAUGGGAACAAAGGUUGACCGGGCACCGUCUACCUCCGUUAUUGAUGAUUGGUGCAACAACCGUGCCAUCGGCCAAGUUGUCAACAACGGCCAGACUAUAUGGGCACGCUACAACUAUGGUACAUUCACUAUCCUAGUGAGCGGAGAGGCAAUCAACGGUUGCUCGUUCAAAGUCGAUGGGAACUGCAACAGGCUUCUAAGGCUCCCACUUGACGGAUGCAAUACCAGUGGAGAAAACGGCAAACAAGGAGGAUAUGAGACUGACCUGUGCGGUCAGUGGCGAUACGACCCAGGCUCCAACGGAAGCGAUUACUAG